CGCGAGCCGCGGCUCCCAGACCGGCGCUCCGGGUCCCUCUCCGAGAGCCAGGCGGGCACGCGUCAUUGUGUUACCUGCAGCCGGCCGGCCGGCGAGCUAGGCUCGGGUUUUUUUUUUUUUUUUUCCUCCUCCCUCCUUCUUCUCCCCCCCCUUCCCAUGCAGCUGAUCUGAAAGGGAAUAAAAGGCUGCGCAUAACCAUAAUAAUAAAAGAAGGGGAGCGUGAGCGAAGGAAAGAAAGCCGGGAGGUGGAAGAGGAGGGGGAGCGCCUCAAAGAAGCGAUCAGAAUAAUAAAAGGAGGCCGGGCUCUCCGCCUUCUGGAACGGGCCGCUCCUGAAAGGGCUUUUGAAAAGUGGUGUUGUUUUCCAGUCGUGCAUGCUCCAAUCGGCGGAGUAUAUUAGAGCCGGGACGCGGCGGCCGCGGGGGCAGCGGCGACGGCAGCACCGGCGGCAGCAGCAGCGCGAGCAGCAGCAGCGGCAGCAGCAGCGGCGGCGGCGUCCCCAGUGCGCGCGGCGCGCGGCGCAGCGAUGCGGUCCCCACGGACGCGCGGCCGGCCCGGGCGCCCCCUGAGCCUCCUGCUCGCCCUGCUCUGUGCCCUGCGAGCCAAGGUGUGCGGCGCCUCGGGUCAGUUCGAGUUGGAGAUCCUGUCCAUGCAGAACGUGAACGGGGAGCUGCAGAACGGGAACUGUUGCGGAGGUGCCCGCAACCCGGGGGACCGCAAGUGCACCCGCGACGAGUGUGACACGUACUUCAAAGUGUGCCUCAAGGAGUACCAGUCCCGCGUCACGGCCGGGGGCCCCUGCAGCUUCGGCUCGGGGUCCACGCCUGUCAUCGGGGGCAACACCUUCAACCUCAAAGCCAGCCGCGGCAACGACCGCAACCGCAUCGUGCUGCCUUUCAGUUUCGCCUGGCCGAGGUCCUACACGUUGCUUGUGGAGGCGUGGGAUUCCAGUAACGACACUGUUCAACCAGACAGCAUUAUUGAGAAGGCCUCCCACUCGGGCAUGAUCAACCCCAGCCGCCAGUGGCAGACGCUGAAGCAGAACACGGGGGUGGCCCACUUUGAGUACCAGAUCCGUGUGACCUGUGAUGACUACUACUACGGCUUUGGCUGCAACAAGUUCUGCCGGCCCAGAGACGACUUUUUCGGUCACUAUGCCUGCGACCAGAACGGCAACAAAACGUGCAUGGAAGGCUGGAUGGGCCCCGAGUGUAACAGAGCUAUUUGCCGGCAGGGCUGUAGCCCCAAGCACGGGUCUUGCAAACUCCCAGGAGACUGCAGGUGCCAGUACGGCUGGCAGGGCCUGUACUGUGACAAGUGCAUCCCACACCCGGGAUGUGUCCACGGCACCUGCAAUGAGCCCUGGCAGUGCCUCUGUGAGACCAACUGGGGCGGCCAGCUCUGUGACAAAGAUCUCAAUUACUGUGGGACCCAUCAGCCGUGUCUCAACGGGGGGACCUGUAGCAACACCGGUCCUGACAAAUACCAGUGUUCCUGCCCUGAGGGCUAUUCGGGACCCAACUGUGAAAUUGCGGAACACGCCUGCCUCUCUGACCCGUGCCACAACAGAGGCAGCUGCAAGGAGACCUCCUUGGGGUUUGAGUGCGAGUGUUCUCCGGGCUGGACUGGUCCCACGUGCUCCACGAAUAUUGAUGACUGUUCUCCCAAUAACUGUUCUCACGGGGGUACCUGCCUGGACUUGGUGAAUGGAUUUAAGUGUGUGUGCCCUCCCCAGUGGACCGGCAAAACAUGCCAGUUAGAUGCAAAUGAAUGUGAGGCCAAACCUUGUGUAAAUGCCAAAUCCUGUAAGAAUCUGAUUGCCAGCUACUACUGUGACUGCCUUCCCGGCUGGAUGGGUCAGAACUGUGACAUAAAUAUCAAUGACUGCCUUGGCCAGUGUCAGAAUGACGCCGCCUGUCGGGAUCUGGUGAAUGGUUACCGCUGCAUCUGUCCACCUGGCUAUGCAGGCAACCACUGUGAGAAAGACAUCGAUGAAUGUGCCAGCAACCCCUGUUUGAAUGGGGGUCACUGUCAGAAUGAAAUCAACAGAUUCCAGUGUCUGUGUCCCACUGGUUUCUCUGGAAACCUCUGUCAGCUCGACAUAGAUUAUUGCGAGCCCAAUCCCUGCCAGAAUGGUGCCCAGUGCUACAACCGUGCCAGCGACUACUUCUGCAAGUGCCCUGAGGACUAUGAGGGCAAGAACUGCUCGCAUCUGAAAGACCACUGCCGCACGACCCCUUGUGAAGUGAUUGACAGCUGCACAGUGGCCAUGGCGUCCAACGACACGCCUGAAGGGGUGCGGUAUAUUUCCUCGAACGUCUGUGGUCCCCACGGGAAGUGCAAGAGUCAGUCGGGAGGCAAAUUCACCUGUGACUGUAACAAAGGCUUCACGGGAACAUACUGCCAUGAAAAUAUCAACGACUGUGAGAGCAAUCCCUGUAAGAAUGGCGGCACGUGCAUCGACGGCGUCAACUCCUACAAGUGCAUCUGUAGCGAUGGCUGGGAGGGGGCCUACUGUGAAGCCAAUAUUAAUGACUGCAGCCAAAACCCCUGCCACAAUGGGGGCACGUGCCGAGACCUGGUCAACGACUUCUACUGUGACUGCAAAAACGGGUGGAAAGGAAAGACCUGCCACUCACGUGACAGCCAGUGUGAUGAGGCCACGUGCAACAAUGGCGGUACCUGCUAUGACGAAGGGGAUGCAUUUAAGUGCAUGUGUCCUGGUGGCUGGGAAGGAACAACCUGCAACAUAGCCCGGAAUAGUAGCUGCCUGCCCAACCCCUGCCAUAAUGGGGGCACCUGUGUGGUCAACGGCGAGUCCUUCACAUGCGUGUGCAAAGAAGGCUGGGAGGGGCCCAUCUGUACCCAGAAUACCAAUGACUGCAGCCCUCAUCCCUGCUACAACAGUGGCACCUGCGUGGAUGGAGACAACUGGUACCGGUGCGAGUGUGCCCCAGGUUUUGCCGGGCCGGAUUGCAGAAUAAACAUCAAUGAGUGUCAGUCUUCGCCUUGUGCCUUCGGGGCAACUUGUGUGGAUGAGAUCAAUGGCUACCAGUGUGUCUGUCCCCCAGGGCACAGUGGUGCCAAGUGCCAGGAAGUUUCAGGGAGACCUUGCGUCACCAGGGGGAGUGUGAUACCAGAUGGGGCCAAAUGGGAUGACGACUGUAACACCUGCCAGUGCCUGAAUGGACGGAUUGCGUGCUCGAAGGUCUGGUGUGGCCCUCGACCUUGUCUGCUCCACAAAGGGCACAGCGAGUGUCCCAGUGGGCAGAGCUGCAUCCCUAUCCUGGAUGACCAGUGCUUCGUCCGCCCCUGCACUGGUGUGGGCGAGUGUCGGUCGUCCGGUCUCCAGCCUGUGAAGACCAAGUGCACCUCGGACUCCUAUUACCAGGAUAACUGUGCAAACAUCACGUUCACCUUUAACAAGGAGAUGAUGUCCCCAGGUCUCACCACGGAACACAUUUGUAGUGAAUUGAGGAACCUGAAUAUUUUGAAGAAUGUGUCUGCUGAAUACUCAAUCUACAUAGCUUGUGAGCCUUCGCCCUCGGCAAACAAUGAAAUACACGUGGCCAUUUCCGCUGAAGACAUCCGGGAUGAUGGAAACCCCAUCAAAGAAAUCACCGACAAAAUAAUCGAUCUCGUUAGUAAGCGUGACGGCAACAGCUCCCUUAUCGCUGCCGUGGCAGAAGUGAGGGUUCAGAGGCGGCCUCUGAAGAACAGAACAGAUUUCCUGGUUCCUUUGCUGAGCUCUGUCUUAACCGUGGCUUGGAUCUGUUGCUUGGUGACGGCCUUCUACUGGUGCGUGCGGAAGCGACGGAAGCCAAGCAGCCACGCGCACUCAGCCUCAGAGGACAACACCACCAACAAUGUGCGGGAGCAGCUGAACCAGAUCAAGAACCCCAUUGAGAAGCACGGCGCCAACACGGUCCCCAUCAAGGAUUACGAGAACAAAAACUCCAAAAUGUCUAAAAUAAGGACACACAACUCUGAAGUAGAAGAGGACGACAUGGACAAGCACCAGCAGAAGGCCCGGUUUGCCAAACAGCCGGCGUACACGCUGGUAGACAGAGAGGAGAAGCCCCCCAACAGCACGCCGACAAAACACCCAAACUGGACAAACAAACAGGACAACAGAGACUUGGAGAGUGCCCAGAGCCUGAACCGGAUGGAGUACAUCGUAUAGCAGACGGUGGGCGCUGCCACCACCUAGGUAGAGUCUGAGGGCACACGGAGCUUGUUCUUUAAACUGUUGUCCUGUUCGAGUCUGAGGCUGUCGCUGACUUAGCAAAACCCCUGUGUUAAUUUAAGUUUUGACAAGCUGGCUU